CCAAGCGGCAUCGUAAAGUUCACCCUUCCCCUUUAUUAUUUUCUCUUGCCAGUCUACUUCACUACUAGUGUACAACCCAGAACUCCCAAAAGCAGUGGUGAAACCAAAAAGAUACCUGAAAAUCACCCAACCCAAUUUGGAACAAAUUUAUCAAAACCCGCUGGAGGAGAAGAAAAAAUAACUGAACGAUAAAUAGCUCAAGCCUGAAUCCCAAUCAAGAGACGAAGAAUGGCGAUAUCGGGAGAUUUGAGGGUCUCUGCGGCGCUGGGCCCACAUUCCAUCAACCCUCUUCUUCGCUGCUCAUUUCCACCUUCCAAGGUGGAUUUUGGUUCUUUCCCUGGUGGUGGAUCUGCUGUAUUUGACGCAACGCCUAAAUGGUCUCGCACAGUACUUGAGGGCCACAAUACGCGCUGUCAUUCCAAACGAUCUAUUGGGAUCUUUGGCGAACACAAGCUGUCCUCAAGUGCCAUUGGCCAGGAACUUGACUACUUCCUACAUAACGCCAUAAACAUGAACUUCUUUGAGCGGUUGAAUUUGGCUUGGAAGAUAAUAUUUCCUUCUCCUGCAUCAAGAAGGAAUUCCAAUGCAAACAUAGCCAAGCACCGCUUGAAGAUGAUUCUCUUCUCUGAUCGAUGUGCUGUGAGUGAUGAGGCAAAACAGAAAAUUGUAAGCAACAUAGUGACUGCCUUAUCUGAUUUUGUGGAGAUAGAAUCACAAGAUAAAGUCCAGCUGAGUGUAUCAACAGAUCCAGACCUGGGGACUGUCUACUCGGUUACAGUUCCUGUUAGACGUGUCAGACCAGAAUAUCAAGAGGAAGAUCCUACGGGAACAAUUACUAACAUCGAGUAUAAAGACAAUGGAGAAAAUUCUGGUUCUGUCGAUGUCAAGUUCGACUUCUACGUCCCAAAUAAAAAAUUCAACGACUUCAGCUUGUGAGAUGAAGCUUUUGCCAAGCAAGGAGGAAGGGAGAGAAGAAUUAGAAGAAAUGCAAUUAUGUUGUUUGCCAGUAGUGAUAUCAUUUCUAACUUGGUUUUGGUCUUUGCUAUCUCCUAGAAUUGUUACAAACUUGUAGUCUUGCUACUCUUGUAUAUAUUUACAAUUUCUUGCUUAGGUCGUUGGAAAUAUGGGUAAAUGUGAAAGUUGACGUUUCUUUGCAGUAA